GGUGCGCUGAUUACGACACGUUCUUGUCAUCCAAAUGAAAAAGGACUCCAGUUCCUGGUAUGGACUCAGCGGUGGAUCGAGGAGGUGGAGAAGGUAGACCUUAUUGACUCCUCUGAACGGGAUCAGCUACUCCGAUUUACCCAGCUGCCGGAAAUACCUGGAAAUAAUCGAAUCAUCAGGAAUGUCCGCUAUGAACAAAUCUGAAGAUGGAGGUUCCUUCUCAUCAAGGGUCAUUGGCAUUGUGUUUAUCAUCCUGCUGCUGGACCUGCUGGGAUUUACCCUAAUUCUGCCACUGCUGCCUUCUAUUUUGGACCAUUAUGCUCAAGCAGGGGAUGUCACGUAUCAGUCUCUGCAGAGUGUGGUGGACUGGUUUAGGGAGGCUGUUGGGAUUCCUAUGGAAAAGAAAUACAACUCUGUUCUGUUUGGGGGUCUGAUUGGGUCGCUGUUUUCUUUCCUGCAGUUCCUGUCCUCCCCAGUAACAGGGGUUCUGUCUGACCGUCAUGGCAGACGACCUCUCCUCAUUCUUACCACAUUAGGGCUGAUAUCCUCCUACGCGGUCUGGGCUGUUUCCCGGAGCUUUGGUAUGUUCCUUUUGUUUCGGGUAAUUGGGGGCAUUUGUAAGGGAAACAUCAGCCUCUGCACUGCCAUCGUUGCAGACCUGCCAUGUCCAAAUGCACGGAACAGAGGGAUGGCAAUGAUUGGUGUUGCCUUUUCCUUGGGCUUCACCGUUGGACCUCUUAUGGGUGCUUACUUUGCUGUCAGCUCUAAAACAACAGAAAAUGUCUUCUACGAAACACCGGCUCUGCUUGCCUUGGCCUUCAGUGUCGCUGAUCUUUUGUUUAUUUGGCUGAUGUUGCCAGAAACACUACCACAGGGCAUUAAGGCUUCACUUUCUGGCCGUGGGGACUCCUGGGACCUUCUCAGUCCUCUUUCCUUGUUCCAUUUCACUGCAGUCACCAAGACGAGGGAACCACCUUCAAAAGAACGAAUGCAGAAGCUCCAAGUGUUGGGUCUGGUUUAUUUCUGCUACCUCUUCCUGUUCUCUGGUCUGGAGUUCACCCUGAGUUUUCUGACUCACCAGCGCUUCCAGUUUACAAGCAUGCAGCAGGGAAAGAUGUUCUUCUUCAUUGGUGUCAUCAUGGCUUUAAUCCAGGGGGGUUACGCUCGAAGAAUCAAACCUGGGAAACACAUACGUGCCGUUCACUUGGCAAUAAUGAUGUUGAUCCCAGCAUUCAUUCUGAUUGGGUUGUCAUGGAAUAUAACAAUGCUUUAUAUUGGCUUGGCAUUAUACUCCUAUGCUGCAGCAAUUGUAGUUCCCUGCCUAUCGACCCUCGUUGCUGACCACGGUUCAGCUAAUCAGAAGGGUACUGUGAUGGGGAUCCUGCGCAGUUUGGGUGCACUGGCAAGAGCAUUUGGGCCGGUGGUGUCAUCCUCCGUUUACUGGAUUGCAGGAGCACAGACCUGUUUCCUCAUCACAUCGGCCUCCUUCGUGAUUCCACUUAUUCUCCUGAGCAAAGCCAGGAGGUUAAAGGAGGAGUGAGCUCCUCAGACUUCAAAUUACAUUUUUUUUUAAAGAUCACUGUUUUGCUGCCUUAUAUUCUAAGAUAUGAAACAAAACAAUGCAAAAGGACCAAAUGUAUGCCAAAAUGGAUAAAAUAGGUACAGAAAGUUUUCAUUGUGUAAGUAGGAAACAAUGCUGUAUAUCUGCACAUGAAGACGUCUCCUUUUUAUAGAAUACAUAUGUUUUAAAGAUUAUAAAUUGUGUUAAUGUUAGUGGGGUUUAGAUAUAUUUUUUUUAUAAGAAAGUAUUUUAUCAGUCAUGCAGAUGUGUUUUAUUAUUCCUGUUAUUAAAGAUGUUGAUGUUUUUUUAUGAACAUAUGUAACAAAAAAAAAGACAACAUCAUCCAUUGAAGAGACUUGAAAGAUGGUAACAAAAAGGUAUCAAUAAAACUCUACAUUAAUGCCUUCA